AUGUUUGUGAGGAAGGCCCCUUUUUUCUCCGGUGCUAUACUUGCUGAAAAGUCGCGUUUCUUCAAGAAAACCCGGAGAUCUUUCCCAGUUCUUAGUCGGCAGCAACAAACUUCCAUUUUCCAAGCGGAGUCGUACGAACUCGCAGAAGAAACGACGAGCGAGUUGUUGACGGAAAACUUCGCCGCGAGCCACAUAAUUCUGCAGCAAUCUUCGGGACCUCGUUCCCGACACAAAAGCUGGGUCAGCAACGACGACGCCGACAGCGACACGGAUUCCUACAUCUGUUGCGUUGCUAAUGAAGAAAAAAAUCGCGACGAACCUUCCGGCGAUUCAUGUGCCUCAUCAUCUUCACCGGAAGAUGAAGCCACAGAAGAAGAAGAAGAAGAAGAAGGAGAUUCCGCUUCGAAUGAUAACCAUCAGCAAUCAACCUCCUUAUUAUCAUCGUCAUCAAUGGAAUCCACUGAUUCAGAAUCCGAAGACGAAGUGCAAUCGUCGGAGACGUUGACUGAACCGGCUCAAGUGGAAAACGUGCAACUCCACGAAGAAUGUUCGUCAAUAAAUGAUCCUGAAACUGUUGAGGAGACUUCGGAAAAUUCGGAUUCGUUGGAAUUCGAAGAAAACUUUCCAACCCUUCGAGUUAAAGAAUACUCGCCGAUAGCAGAGGGAAAUUAUGAAAAUAACGCGGAAAUAUGCCAAAAAGACGAAGAGGAUGCCGAGACAUCGAUCGAAAUCCGGAAUUCACUCGAAUCAAAGAGGAAACCUCGAAAAGUGUCCUUCGAGGAUGAAAGAGAAUCGCUGACUGGCAUCAAAACCUCCGAAAUAAUGGGCAAAAACGUCUGCAGGAAACAAAUUGAUUUUGGAAUCGAAUGCGGAGAUCAACCGGGGUCUCAGAAAUUACCGUUUGAUACCAGCACCAAGCCUGUCAUCAUCACCAAGUCCUUGGACACGGAAGGCAUCGAAACUGAGGAAAUCGUGCUGGAGGUCAAGGCUGACGGAGUCCCCAGACCGAGUAUCAGAUGGUUCAUUGGGGAAAUGGAAAUUGAAGAAACGUAUCGCAUCAAGAAGUUCGAAGAUGAUUCGGACAACACGUACCAACUCCGCAUUGCAGCGCUUAAAGCCGAAGAUGCUGGCGAAUACGAAUGCGUAGUUGAGAACAUGCUCGGGGAGGCCAGGCUCAAGGGCAAAGUUACUGUCAAAACUUUGAAGGAACUGAGACAUCCGAAGAUCAUGGCGAACCUGAUUGACCAGACGGUGAUGAAAGGCGAACCAUUCCGCCUCAAGGCGUCAAUUCGCGGAGAACCCACCCCGGAAGUGCACUGGUUCAAGGAUGGCAAAAUUGCGAAUGAGACGGACGGGGUUGAAAUUUUGCGCUGCGAGGAUGGGUUCACUUACGAAAUCGCUGUCGAAAAGGCCUCAGAGAAACACCACGGGAUGUACGAAGUGUCGGCCAAAAAUGAGUGGGGCGAAGCUGAAAGUCAGGCAACUGUGACGGUGCUUAUCAAGCCUGAAAUCUACGAGAUCCCGAACGUCCAAGUGGAUCAUUCGGACAACGUGACAAUCUCUGGCACUGUCGUCGCCAAUCCCAAGCCCAAGAUCACAUGGUUGAAAAAUGGAGAACCUUGGACACUCGAUGCUCAGCGAAUGAAAGCUUAUGAAGAAGCCACAGACACUCAUUCGUUGGUCAUUAAACAACUAAUCGACAUCGAUAAAACAGAGACGAAUGACGGAGCAAAUUAUACACUGGUGGCGGAAAAUGAACACGGAAAAAGGGAGCAAACAUUCAAGCUUCACAUCAAUCAAACCAAGCCCAUUUUCCUGGUGCCCGUAACCGAUUUCGAAAUUGGCGUCGGAGAUUCAGCCACGCUUUUCGGAAAGGUCACUGGAAUUCCAAAGCCUACUCUCAAAUGGACAAAAGAUGGUUCCGAGGUCGAAUACAGUGACCAGAUUGUGGAACGAGAAGGCGAAGACCAGUCUUACGAGCUGUUUUUCAAGGAAGUGAAAAAGGAGGAUUUCGGGAUGUACACCUUGACAGCCACGAACUUGUUCGGAGUUGCCGAAAGCACGGCUGAGCUGAGUUUGCCGAAAUCUCCGCCAAAAGUGCUGGAAGAACUACAGCCGAGAAUGCGAGUCAAGGAGGGAGAACCCAUGGUUUUACAAAUGAAAUUCGACAAGCUUUCCGGAUCGGAAGUAAAAUGGUACAAGGACGGGCACCCUGUCAUCCCUGACGGAAGGAUCCGCAUUGAAAGCCUGCCUGAUGGAACCCAGAAGCUGAUCAUUGAUCAAACCAUACGAAGAUUAAACCUAGUAGGAGAAGGUCUAAACGGACCGUUCGGCGGCAAGCACAGCCCUUACUGUCUGCACCACCUCCACCAGCUCCCGGUCCUUAACUUUAACUACGAGCCUGUGGGUGGAACCCCGUUCCCGGACGCCAGCUGGAAUAAAAACGGCGUCCCUCUGACCUCGCACGACGCCGCCCGAGUCAACAUCAUUAAUCAGAACGGCAAGGAAUUUUACAAGCCUUACACCUGUAAAGAAUUGGUAGAGUUUGCUGAAAUAGACCUUGUCAAUUGA